UCACAUGCGGUUGAUGCGCGAAAGCCUUUAAAAAGAAACCCAAACGCGAGCAGCUCGGCGCGCAGGGAGCUCGCGAACAACGAAGCGGACAAACAAAGCGGGACGGACCGGGAUAAGUUUGAUUAACGAGACUGUUUUUUUGUUUGUUUUUUUUGUUCACUUUUAAUCUCGGCUAAAACAUUUUUCUUUUUUUUCUUUAAAAAAAAAAAAAGGAUCAUGUGCACAGCAGCAGCUGUGUGGAUGUCCCUGCUCGUCGGGGGCAGCUGUGCAGUAAACCCACACCAGCAGAGGACGGCGAAGACACGCGCCCAGGCGGAAUAACACGUCUUUCCCCGUUUCGGACAGCUGCGGUUUCCCCGUCAGAAAAAAAACCCACGCGUAAAGACGCGUCGGGAUUCCCUUUGUCUCCACGUGUGUGGAGGCUGCCGCGGAGAAGGAGUUCAUUUUGAAGCUGCGAUCCGACAGCGAGGGAGAUACUCGAGGAAAGAUGAGGAAAAGCCGAAGUGUUCUCACGGUGUCUCUCAACAGUGACUGCAAAGAGCCUCAAGAUUGCUGCCUCAGUGAGUCUUUGAUUUCGCCGUCCUGCACGCUGGGGGUCGACCUGCGCCAUGGCAGGCGCCGUUUCUCGGGCAACCUGCAGCUACCACCGCUGUCAUGGCGACAGGGGGAGAAGUCGCGGACGCCUGAUGAAGAAAUCAUGCCCAGGCCAACGUCCCUGCCCUUCGGCGCCCCUCCUAGGAUAGACAUCACGCCAGUUGACCCUGAAAGUUUCGAUGUGGAGAACGGUCCGUCGGUGGGCUGCAGCCCUCUGGACCCCCAGGCCUCCCCGGGCUCUGGGCUGGUCCUUCACACUAACUUCCCCGGGCACAACCAGCGGCGCGAGUCCUUCCUCUACCGCUCCGACAGCGACUAUGAUCUGUCACCCAAGUCCAUGUCACGGAACUCCUCCAUCGCCUCUGAACUACAUGGUGAUGACCUGAUUGUAACGCCUUUUGCUCAGGUUCUGGCAAGCCUUCGUAGUGUGAGGAAUAACUUCACUGCACUGACCAAUGUCCAGUGUGCCUCCAGCAAGAGGUCACCUGCAGCACCCACCCAGCCUCCGAUCACCAGAGUCUGUCUCCCAGAUGAGGCGUUCCAGAAGCUGGCCAUGGAGACGAUGGAGGAGUUGGACUGGUGUCUGGACCAGCUGGAGACCAUCCAGACCUACCGCUCCGUCAGCGACAUGGCCUCUAACAAGUUCAAGAGAAUGUUGAAUCGGGAGUUGACGCACCUAUCUGAGAUGAGUCGAUCUGGGAAUCAGGUUUCUGAAUUCAUCUCCAACACCUUCCUAGACAAACAGAAUGAGGUGGAGAUCCCGUCGCCGACAUCCAAGACGCGAGAGAAGAAGAAGCAGCAGCUGAUGACGCAGAUCAGCGGAGUCAAGAAGGUCUCCCAUGGGCCCUCGCUCUCCGGCAGCAGCAUCUCCCGCUUCGGUGUCAAGACCGACAAGGAGGAGCUGCUGUCCAAGGAGCUGGAGGACCUCAACAAGUGGGGUCUGAACAUCUUCACCGUUUCCGAGUACUCCCACAACCGGCCUCUGACCUGCAUCAUGUACGCCAUCUUCCAGGAGCGAGACCUGUUAAAGACAUUUCAGAUCCCAGUGGAUACAUUCGUGGCCUACAUGAUGACCUUGGAGGACCACUACCAUUCAGACGUGGCCUACCACAACAGCCUGCAUGCUGCCGACGUGGCCCAGUCCACACACAUCCUGCUCUCCACUCCGGCCCUGGAUGCGGUCUUUACAGAUCUUGAGAUCUUAGCAGCUAUCUUUGCUGCAGCUAUCCAUGAUGUUGACCAUCCUGGAGUAUCAAACCAAUUUUUAAUCAAUACCAACUCUGAGCUGGCGCUGAUGUACAACGACGAGUCUGUGCUGGAGAACCAUCACUUAGCUGUGGGAUUCAAGCUCCUGCAGGAAGACAACUGUGACAUCUUCCAGAACCUCACAAAGAAGCAGCGGCAGUCCCUCCGCAAGAUGGCCAUCGACAUGGUUUUGGCCACUGACAUGUCCAAACACAUGAGCCUGCUGGCGGAUCUGAAGACCAUGGUGGAGACCAAGAAAGUGACGAGCUCCGGAGUGCUUCUGCUGGACAAUUACACCGACAGGAUACAGGUGCUGCGUAACAUGGUGCACUGUGCUGACCUGAGUAACCCCACCAAGUCCCUGGAGCUGUAUCGUCAGUGGACCGACCGGAUAAUGGAGGAAUUCUUCCACCAGGGAGACAGGGAGAGGGAGAGGGGAAUGGAGAUCAGCCCUAUGUGUGAUAAACACACGGCAUCAGUUGAGAAGAGCCAGGUGGGUUUCAUCGACUACAUCGUGCACCCUCUGUGGGAGACAUGGGCCGAUCUGGUUCACCCUGACGCUCAGGACAUUUUGGACACGCUGGAGGACAACAGGAACUGGUACCAAAGCAUGAUCCCCCAGAGUCCUUCCCCGCCUUUCUUUGACCAGUGCACGCACGGACACGGUGGAGGGACCGGAGGGCAGGGCGGCGGGGAAAAGUUCCAGUUCGAGCUCACCUUGGAGGAGGAGGACUUGGACGGAACAGAGAAAGACGGCGACAGGGAGGAGGAGGAAGACGACGAAGAUGAAGAGUUGGAGGAGGAGGAGGAGGAGGAGGAGGACAGUCUGGGAGAUUCUCGCUCUCCUCCCCCGGACUACUCGGACGGUCGGGAGCUCGAGGGAGGCGGCGUGAUGGAGCCAGCAAUAGAGAUCGUGACGCAUGAGGCGUCGCCCACAGACACAUAGGGCUCCCGUCACCGCGCUCGCGUUGUGAUUCGAAAGUUUUCUCUUUCCCGCAAAAGAGGGUGGAUCCUCUUGCAGCUGUGCUUUUUGACAAGCCAAUAGAAGCAAGGGCUUAGUUAGGUCCCGCACGGGGAGGGGGGGGGGGCGUCUUGCACUCGGGUGUUGGAAGCGAGACACGGACGGACAGUUUCGGCGAGGCGGCUUCAGAGUUCUCAGGAAAUAAUACUGCGAACAUUUCAGUCUUGACAGGCGAGACUAAGGGUGGAACUUGAAGGACUUUGGCCAGUUUAGAAGACGGUUACUUUUCUUUUCUGGACUGGCAUUAAAUGGACAAUUGACACUACUGAGAGAAGUUUUGUACCUUAAGGCUUUUUUUUACAUAUAUGAUAUGAUCUAGAGGUAGCAUAGAUGACCUACGGAUGGGGACACAUUUGUAUAGCAGGAGAAAGUGUUUACUUUUUUUCUGUACCAUUUGUCAAAGGACUUUCGUGUGCCUUUUUUACUAUUGUCUUUAUAAUAGUUUUUUAUUUAUUGAACACUCUAGUAUGUCUGUGAAAUGUUGUUUUUUUUCUUAUUUGAAAGAGCAAAAUCUUUUUUGUAAGUUAAAAAGAGAACAGUCUUCCACGUAUUGGGCAAUAGAGAAAUCCAAACAAACGUCGACAAACAACUCUUGGACAAAUUGAUCUGAAUAGAGAAAACUUAACAAACAAACAACAACUAUAUGCACAUUCUGUCACAUCAGUUUUUUCGAGCACAGUGUUUUACAUGAGGAUUUGAAUUGCUUUUGUUCACUCAUGGUCCAUGUUACAUGUUGCUUUCAGUUUCAGAUCCCACUGAAAUAUACCAUAUACUUUCAUUCUCCACCUCUUUAUACAGGUUCCACAGUCAAACUUUUCAUUCAAUACAAAGCUUUUAAUCUAGAAUUCAGUGUAAAAUCAUUGGGGCAUCCGGUAGAUACGAUUUGUAAUGUAUACCAGACACAAUCAGCAGAAACAUAAGUUGCCCAAAUCUGUAAUAAAGUCUGGAAGGAAGUCUGCCAAGGAAAAAACGCACACCAGUGCUGAAUCUAUUUAUAUCCCAUAGGUGUGUUGCAGUCUUAAUAAUCCUGUUAUAUGGAACACAUCCUGACCCAGGACCCGUCUGAAGCCUUACUGCCCCUCUGCAAUCAGGCCAGAUGAUUAAAGGUCCUCUCACAGAUCGGACCCUCAUCAGCAGCACCAUUCACACGGUUUACAAACCCUUCUGGGGUCCACCUAGGGGACACAUCCCAAAACAAUCAGGCCAGCUAUUUUGUCCUCACCAAAAAAAAAAAAAAAAAUCCCUUGAGUGCUGCCUCAACUCAUUGACGUCAAUUUCAUUUUCUCCCCUCCCACUUGACCAUGUCUGGUUUCGAGGACAGUCGGGUUAUCAGGAAGUCGUGGAAUUGCUGGAUUCAGCGUGGCAGACUUUAGGCUUCAUGAAAAAAAAGAGGAAUAAUUAGGUGCUCUAGUUUUAAAUCAAACAAAAUAAGAAAUAUUACUGGUGCUGAGAAAUGGUGUGCAGACCUCAUAUUCACUCAUAACUAUUUUUUAGGGAUGUUUUAGUUGCAUCAAUAAUCACCCCCUCAAUUUUCAUAUUGGUUUACUGAUAUACUCAAAGGUACUUCAUCUAGUUUCACUCCAGCAUGCUUAAGUGGCAAUCGUUUGUGUGCAGUAUGUAUGUCUGUAUGGGAGGUUUUGUAUUGGUGUGUGCGUUUGGAUGUGUUGACUUUGUCAUCGAGCCUUACCCCCAUCACUCCACUGUCUCUACUGUUUGUUGCUAGGAGCUCAAGUUGGUCCUUUUUGCUGUUUAUAACAGUGUGUAUUUAUUCUAUACCUUAAGUUUAAGUGUAAAUAAGAAGUACUGGCUCAGUGUAAAAUCUAUUUUAAUUUAUAUGCACUUACAUUACCUGAAAGUGGUGGUGUCUAAUGCAUAGAAGGCUCUGGGUUAGAGUCUUUUUAUAUAUGUAAAUAUAUUCUUUUAUAUAUAUAAAAGAAUAUAUAGAAAUAAAUAUAUCUAAGUAUAUAUCCGCACAAUGUUUUGAAUGCCCAGCAGAGCAGCAGCUAAAGAGAGGUGGUGUUGUUGUCACAUUAGAAUCUUGUAACUCCAAAACAGCCUUUUUUAUUUUCAAUUUAAUUUAUUUUGAGCUCAUUAUGCAAGAAUAUUAAACCAAAAAUGAUAUUACAUUGGCAUCACUUUGAAAUCUUAAUUAAUAUCCCACAUUAUUAUGUCCAUUUCAGCUUUACACUUCUUAGUUAAUAGCCAGGAAUUUAGAAAUGUUUGAAUUUUUGAAGCUACAAGAUUUCCAUCGGACAGCAGCGAUCUGGUGACCCAGAGGCGACAUAGAUGACAUGUUAAACUGCAUAGGCUUGGAUAUCGGUUACAUGCAAGCUAGCUAAGUAACACAAGACCUUAUCAAGGCUUGGUGUCAAAGUUCACAAAUGGCUUUCUCUCUCUCGGAGGCUUGUCCCAACCUAAGCUUCUCCAUCCAGCACUCGAAUGCAGAUGGCUGACAUUUGAGGCCGGAUAGAUACAGGCUUGACGGUUGAACACAAAAAGCACCCUUUUUUACACUUAAAGCACUUCAUGCAAAAGUAGAUAACACAGGGACGGUAUUGGUAGCAUGCUACAAUACGCCUGGCACUGACGUGAAUCGUUCUGAAUUUAACAACUAAACAUGAUCGUACGUAACUGAUUGUGCUAAUGUGUGAAGUCUUUCUGACCAAACUUGGUUAGCAGUUUUGAAAUUCAAAUGUGUCAGUAUUAACAAUGUUUAUCUAUGUUCAAGCUUUUUUUGGUCCUAGUUGUGUCCAAAUGGUUAGCCAGAUUUAGCACUAUCUGCAUGAGAAAUGUUUUUUAUUUUUACUGUCAAUAAUAUGUUUAAGUCUGCCAGUUGGUGGAUUAUUCAAUGUUUCACACAAUGUUUGGUAUUUUACUGUAUAUUGUGUUCAAAAAUGAAUCUGAAAUACCUUUUCUAUUAAGUCAUUAAAGUAAAGCAUGAAAAUAUUG